AUGGCAAACACCAAGAGUCACGACAAUGCUGUUUCUCGACUCGAUGAGAAGGUCCCUGGGGAAGCUUUGGAUUUAGACGAUGCAGUUUUGCGUGCUCAAGGACAUGAGGUACAGCUUGAGCGAUCUUUCUCAUGGAUGGGAGCACUUGGCCUUGCUUUCAGCAUUGUCAAUUCGUGGUUAACAUAUGCUUCCUGCUUCGGAGUGGCAUAUAGUUAUGGCGGAGGACAAGUGGCUAUUUUCAGUCCCAUAAUCUCAGCACUGGUUCAGUGGAUUAUGCUCAUGGGAGUUGCCGAGCUUUCCUCUGCUUUUCCCUCGUCUGGAGGCCAAUACCAUUUUACAUACAUCGUUGCUCCAGAUGGUUAUAAGGCUGUCUCUGCUUACCUUGUUGGGGCGAUCAAUGUCAUUGCCUGGUGGGUAAAUACUGCUUCCGGUACCAUAUAUACAGCCAUAUCUGCCUUUGGAAUCUGUCAGUUCCUAGUUGAAGGGUUUUCAGGAACCCAGUGGCAGGUCUAUCUUUGUUACUUGCUGGUUAUUUUGCUCACUUUGCUUCCAAUUUUUAUCAUUCCACAGCAACGCAUCGAAAACAUGACCAAGACUGCAAUGUUUCUCUCCAUCGUUGGCUUUGUGUUAGUGGUGAUUGUCUGUCUCGUCAUGGGCAGAGGAACAUACCAUCCCAGCAGCCUCGUCGAGUAUCGAUCAACAAGUGGUUGGGGUCCUGGGCUAGGCUGGCUAUUAGGUAUUGGCAACGGAGAAUAUGCAUUUGCGGCUGCUGGAGCAUGUGUGCAUAUCGCGGAGGAAAUUCCAAGCCCCGGUCGCAAAGUCCCUCUGGUAAUUAACUUGACCAUUAUCCUGGGAGUCUUUACCCUUGUACCUUGGAUUAUUGCCAUGACAGCUGUCAUUCAAGACAUGGAGGCUGUACAGAAUGCCUUUCUACCCAGUCUUGAGCUCUUUUACCAAGCCACGGGCAGUAAAGCUGCUGCCGCCACUCUUCAGGCCUAUCUCACAAUUCUGUAUUACACUUGUGUUCCGAGCCAGUGGAUCACUAGUAGUCGAAUGACAUGGGCCUUCUCCCGUGACAACGGCUUGCCAUACUCUGACUACUGGUCAGAGAUCGACUCAAAACGCAAUAUUCCCAUUCGAGCCACUCUCCUCUCUGCAGGAUUUUGUGUCAUCUACGGCCUGCUAUAUAUAGCCAGCACGCAGGCCUUCAAUUCCAUUAUUAACACCGCUGUUCUGAUGCUGAACAUUACGUAUACCGUUCCUCAAGCUAUCCUAGCUAUCCGAGGCAGAGCCAUGCUUCCACCACGAUAUUUUGAUUUGGGCAAGUAUGGCUAUUCGGUUCAUGUGUUUUCUGUACUAUGGCUCGUUUUGAGCGGCGUGCUUUUUUGCUUCCCAACAAACAACCCUCCAACUCUAAGCAACAUGAAUUAUAACGCUGCCGUUAUCUCCGGAAUAUUCUUCAUCGUUCUUCUUUGUUGGAUCGAACGGCGAAGGAAGUUUUGCGGCCCUGCCAUUGACUGGGAUGUUCUGAAUAUGGCCCCGGCCGUUGCUCAUUAG